AUGGCUAUGGAAGAAUUUCAGGUUGCUAUUCAUCAGGGGAACCUGUCGGAUGCCAUCUCAGUGGUACAGGCAAAACCGCUGCAGUAUUUUAGCGACACGCCGCUCAAUGUUGCCGUGGUGGGUGAACCAGGCUCGGGGAAGUCCUCCUUUGUCAACAGCAUGCUGGGCAAACGUGCUGGCGAGCCGGGCGCCGCUGAGACUGGCAUCCAAGCCACAACAGCGAUGGCCAAGGAUUACCGACAUCCGACAGUCCCGCAGCUCAUCCUCUGGGACCUCCCUGGGAAAGAAGACGCGGCUUUUGGCUCCCGCGUCGAGCAGGUGGAUCUGAACCGCUUUGACUUCUUUAUCAUCGUCGGCUACCAGCGCUUCCGGACCGUCCACGCCGACCUGGUCCACGAAAUCCAGGCGAUGGGCAAGAGGUUCUAUUUUGUGCGGGCCAAAACCGACCUCGACCUGGAGGCGUCCCGGAGACGCCAGCCGACCGGCUGCGACGAAGAGAAGGUCCUCCAGCGCAUCAAGGAGGACUGCGUGACGUGCUUGCUGAAUGAAGGCGUGAUCGACCCCCAAGUCUUCCUGGUCUCCAACUGGGACCCCCAGAGCUUUGAUUUCCCCCUCCUGUGGGAGAAGCUGCAGAGCGAUUUCUUGUGGCUGAAGAGGCAAGCUUUCAUUGUCAGACUGCCUUCCCUCUCUGCGCCUGUCUUAGAGAGAAAGGUGGCUGCGUUGAAGAGGAAGAUUUUGCUCAAAGUCCUCUUCUCAGGGCUUUUGGCUUUGCUCCCAGUGCCAGGCUUCUCGUUUGUGGCCGCCAUGUUCUUCUUUGUGAGGUUCCGCUCUCAAUGCUACCGAGAAUUUGGCCUGGACGACCAGUCGCUCACAGCUCUGGCGAGGGACAUUGGGAAGCCGGUAGCAGCCCUUCAUGCUGUGAUGAAGUCCAGACCCCUAAUGCCGUUGAUCCUCUGGAGGCUUCCUGACCUCGUGGGAGCUGUUCUAAUGCUGGUGGAAUAUUGUUCGUGGAAUCGCUACCCCUACGCUGGCUCCUUGCUGUCAGGAGGCGUUUCAUUGUUUACCACCUACUACAUGCUACAGAGAUGUGUAGUUGCUGUUGCCAAUGAUACCCAAAACGUCCUCUCCAAAGCUCUGGAGAAGACGACGGUCUAG